GAGCUGCACACUGUGGUAAUGGCGUGCUGCGUGAAUGCAACUGUAUGAGCAAUGUCCAAUUGUACUGCAAAAGGUAACGGCACUUUGUGUUUUGUGUCUGCAGCACGACUGGAAGGUCAUCUUCGUGCUUCUGCUCCUAAUAAUCGUACUCGCCGUGACUCUAGGUGUUUUGUGGGUCUUCUGGCGCCCUGCUCAGCCUGGAGGAUGCUUCUGAAGGUGAAGCUCGAACAGAAACAGAAAUAUGUCAAGGUCACAGAGCAUGAUGGGACAUAUAAUUACCAGGAGUUUCACCUAGCAGUCAUGGAGAAAUUUGGUCUGCCUCCUGAGACUGAUGUAAUGUACAAAGACUCUACUGGAACAGAAGUGGAUGCAGACAUCUUCUCCGAACUAGUGGAGAAGGGAGAGUUGUUGUUAAAUGCACAUGUGAAUGAUGAUUCUCUGGACGUGUCGAUAUCCUCCGCUGCAUCAUGUUCAUCUGAAGCCUCUACGGUAAUUUUGGAUGACAGUUUCUCCGAGACUCCAAGUAAGAUACUCAGAAGGGAGACCCCAAGAGAAGCUGCCAAAAAUAUGGUCAAUCAAGUGCUUCUAAGAAAACCAGGGGGAGAGAAGAUUUUCCUGGAGUACCAUAAAACAAAGUCACUUACAGCUACAACUCGGAGACUGCUUGUUAACAUCUUGGUCGCUGACAUGGUGGAGCAGCAUGGCCGGAUCCCUUCCCAGGCCAUUAAGCUGAAGUAUGCGCAAGGCAUUGUGGCGUUAUUCCCGUACCUGGAGGAUCCAUUGUCCAAGCAUGGAUAUGAACACUUUUAUGAUCCUGCAUCAGGCUCCGGCUACAUUUCAUGGCGUCUCAAAACAGUGCAACGGAGUCUUUCUGAUCACUCAAGGACAGCAGCAGCAGCAGAAGAUGACAGCAGUGGUGGGCCAAAGGCUGCAAGACCCUCAGCUUCUCCAAUACAACAGUUGACGGGGCAGGAGUGUGUAGAGGCUCUAUCUAUGAUGAACCAUUCAGCUGAUGAUGCAGUAGUUCGAGAGAAGAUGAUGGCCACUUUUGAACACCGGCAGAAACUUGUCCAUGAUCCCGACACAUCUGUGGAUGUCCUCGAAACGUUCCCAAGAUUUCUUGACAUACCUGGCCUUAUUGAGCAGGACUUCCUUGCUCUUUUUGGACCUGAGACAUCUGGGAAGUUCCUGGCGAAGUGGACAACAUUCUUCAGACCACAAAUCAUUGAAGAUGCCAAAGGGCUGGUAUCCACUGCACAUGUCGAAGAGCUUCUUAGAUCUGCCCAAGGCGAUGGUGGUGGAUGGGACAUUGAUAUCGCUUCAUUAUGCCUGCUGCUGCAUCUCAUUCCACCAACAUCGAAGGGUCACAAGAAAUCUGCGAAAAUCAGUGCACUCCAGGCAGAGGAUUACUUGGUGCGAUAUUUGCAGGCUGGUACAAGCAUGCAGAUUUUCCUGUCCAGCCUGGAACCAUCUCAGCCCUUCAUGCUCUGCGUCGGGGAACAGAAGAACAAGAUCCACAAGUUCUACAUCAUCGUUGACAACCAGGCAAUACCAUGCAAAGCACAAACAUCAGUAGCUGCAUUUGACGAACUGUUCAAGGCACACUUUGUUUUCGGGACGUCAUAUUGUGAGGCACUUGAUGGUUUUUACUGCUUCAUUCAAACAGCUGUGUACAAUAUCGAUAUUGGCAAGACAAAAGAAAAAACCGAGAGUCAGGGAACUGAGGGCCAGAUUUCUCAACAUGAAAAAGUAAUUUGCCAAAUUUAGGGCCUUAAAUAUUUGUCAUUUAUGUUUACUUGUUUUAUUUGCAAAACACUACAUUCAAAUUCAUAUUUAAUUUGCCGUCAUUUAAAAUUUCAUCAUGGCCUUUAUCCAGGAAAAUAUUUGCGUUUAUGUUGUGGAGAAAUUGGAUGCUCAUCGGUGUUUGGAACUUAUUCUGGAUUUAAGAAACAUUUAGUUAACAUUCAUGGAAAUGGUAUUCCUUCCUCUACCCCAGACAUGGAAGACAAUAGUGAGAAGGAGGGUGGAUGGGAUCAUACUACCCUUGAGAGUUCAGAAAAUAAUGAAGUUGAAG